UCUCCAUUCCUUACUGCACAUACCCUAUGGUUAGCCAUAAUGCUGGUGAUACAAGCAAGCCCUCAAAAAGACUAUCUCCCAGCAUAGAAAAAGCUAUUACACCAUGUUUAGUAAGAAAUACUACCUUGAAUAAUUGUGCCCUAUUAUAUGGGAAUUGGGAUAAUUUGUUGAAUCUAAAAUCCUAAGAAUCUGUUUUUCUCUUGAAGAUAUGAAGCAUUGUCUGAAGUGCCCGGAAGAUAAAUAUUCCAAUAAGGAAAGAAAUGGCUGCCUCUCCAAGGUUGUGACUUUCCUGGAAGUUUCAGAACCUUUGGGGAUGACUCUGAUCUGUGUGGCUCUUUCUUUCUCUCUAAUGACAGUUCUGGUUCUCUGGAUAUUUGUGAAGUUUCAAGACACCCCCAUAGUGAAAGCCAACAACCGGGCUCUCAGCUAUACCCUCCUCAUCUCCCUCACCUUCUGUUUCCUCUGCUCCCUGCUCUUCUUUGGCCGUCCCACUGCAGCCACCUGCCUCCUCAGACAAACAACUUUUGGAGUCGUGUUUUCUGUGGCUGUGUCCUCCAUUUUGGCCAAAACCAUCAUGGUGGUUCUGGCCUUCAGGGUAACACCACCAGGGAGCAGGAGCAGGAUGUGGGUGCAGUCCAAGGUAUCCAACUCUGUUGUCCUCAUCUGCUCUGGGAUUCAGGUGAUUCUCUGUGGGAUCUGGCUGGGAACUUCUCCCCCAUUUCCUGACAUGGACCCAUACUCUGAACCUGGUCACAUCAUCAUUAAGUGCAACGAAGGCUCUGACUUUGCCUUCUACUCUGUCCUGGGAUACAUGGGCUUCCUGGCUCUGGGCAGCUUCACGGUGGCUUUCCUGGCCAGGAACCUGCCUGAUGCCUUCAAUGAAGCCAAAUUCACUACCUUCAGCAUGCUGGUAUUCUGCAGCGUCUGGGUCUCCUUCCUACCCACAUACCAGAGCACCAGGGGCAAAGCUAUGGUUGUUGUAGAGAUCUUCUCCAUCCUGACCUCCAGUGCUGGCUUAUUGGGCUGCAUCUUUAUUCCCAAGUGUUAUGUGAUCCUGCUGAGGCCAGAAAGGAAUACCCAAGAAAGUAUAAAAAAUAAAGUAAAUCCCAGGGCCAGGAAUCAUUCCAGAUGAUUGUCAGCUAAUUCCCACCAGAGGCAUGAUCAGUUUUAAGUAUAUCAAUAUGGCAAGGCUCUAGGAUAUUCCACUUCUUGGUGUGGUUUAGUAUCUC